UUCUGUGGAUUCCUAUUGUGAUGCAUGGACUGAUGAAACAUUGUUUUUAGUCUGCAACUUCCCAAAAGUUCAGCAGCUCCUCCCCAUGCUGAAAAAAUGAGGAGAAAGUUUCAGAUUUCUUCACUUCCUCUGUCCGCCCUCGACAUUCUCUUCCCGUUAUCUUUUUUCACACUCCUCUGCAUGUAGAACUAAAACAAGAUUUAGAUACUAGUUUACGGAAAUGGACACCACCGAAGCAAGCGCUGGAGAGAGGACAACAGGACAAGAUGUGAAUGAGAAGGCUGACAACUUGGUGCUGAAGACCACCAAACCUUUGCAUCGCUUUGUGUCCAAGGAGCCCAAAAGUUUGGGGAUUGUCAUUACGAUCUUUGGCUGCGCAGAGCUCCUGAUGGGAAUCCAGCUGCUCAAUGAGCAUGUGAUGAACUCUGCUGCAACCUACGUCCCUCUCUGGCAGGGAGCUCUGUAUGUCCUGUGUGGAGGCCUCUCUAUCUACACUGAAAUACAGCCCUCCAAAAAGAUGGUGACGGUGUGUUUUUCCAUGUAUGUGAUAUCCAUCAUAGGAACCAUUAUUUCUGCUGCUCAGAGGGUGUCGCUUUUUGCCUUCUUUUCCUACCUUUUAUACAGAAACAUGGAACAUGAAUGGGCCUACACGAGAGCAUGGCAGCUCCUGUGGCUGGAAAUUGUACUGCUCGUAUUCUCUCUCUGUGUUGCCGUGAUUCUAAUCUUUUUGAGCACAAUCGCUCGUUUAGCUCUGAAAUCCAACACCUCUCAGGUUGUUGUCCAGUGGAAUCCAGCCCAAGGACAGACAGAUACACCUUCAAAUUAGCACAUUAUAAAACUAAAACGUAACAUGUUCAUAAUAUAUUUUUUUAUUGCAGCAAUUGCGAUAACAACAGUGUUUCUAGCAGACUUAACAAAUGAUUACCUAUUAAUCAAAAGAAAUCAAAUCAAAAUGCAUCCGUCAUUAACGAUGAAACUUUUCAGAAUCUAAUGAGCUCAACAUUAUCUUUCACUGUUUCACUAAAUUGAUUUAGUAGAAGAUAUGACAUGUGUACUUUUAUCUGUACAAACCACUGUAUGAGUUGCUGCCACCUAGUGACUGAAGGCGUAUCAUUCAAGCAUUACAGCAGUGGUACACUUAUGUCCAGCCUGACCCCCCUACCGGCACCUUACUGCACCCUCCCAGGGGGCCCGCCCCACUAUUUGAGAAGUACUGACAUAGAGCAAGAUUUCCCAUGCUUUAAUCUACAACAUGGUCCUGCUCGUCAUGGGCAUUAAACCAACAACCCUCCAAAAACAAAUCUGGUCCCCCAUGCACUAAUGUGUAAACAGGGUUAAAAUCAACAUAGGGAACAUUUCAAAAUAAAAUCCACUAUAGUUUCAUGAGGACAUACACAGAUUUAAUUUCAAAUUAAAAGCCAGACCAAAUUUACAGUAUGUGCAUACACACAGAUUUAACUUAAAUCUUCCAGUUUGUGUUGUUUUAAUGGUAUAUAGUGUAUGUGAUACACAUCAGAUCUAAAUGAUGCAAGUAUAUAGUGUAGGGAGUUUUGAUUUGCAUCCCAAACCUUUAGACUCUGACCAGAGUCAUAUAUUUUUAAAUAAAGAAUCAAUGUUUUGAGAC